CACAUCAACCACGGCGGCGAGGCGCAGCGCAAGCAUGUCCCUGCCGCACGAGCGCACGGCGCUGCUCUCGUCGGCGGCACGCAGGAUCAACAGCAAGGCCGGCGCCGGGUCAGGACGGGGUGCGGCGCUGCAGCUGCGCACCACGCUUGUCGUGCCGGCGCUGCACUGCCCAUCGUGCGUCGAGCACAUCACGUCGCUGCUCGGCCACAGCGUCUCGGACGUGUCCGUCUCGCUCCUCGACAGCAGCGUCCAGUUCACGCAUGCAGCGCACGCCGCGCACGAGCAGGCACACUUCGACCGGGCGCAUGUGCUCGCGCUCCUGGCCCGCCUCUGCGCCACGCUCGAUGCCGACGGCUACCCGGCAGCGGCGCUGCAGACUCGCGAGGUCGCAGCACGCGGGCGUCCGAGUGCGUCGGCACAGGCGAUCACGCUGGACGAUGUGCAGCGCGAGGCAGAGCAGCCCGAUACGGCAGGCUCGGCGCCGAGCUCCUUUCCGCCGUCUCGGGCAUUCCUGCGGCCCUUGACAUACCGCAAAGAACAGCGCUCGACAGCUGCCGAGCGCGAAGAGGCGCGGCAACGACACAUGAGCGUCUGCGCUGCGUGCAGAGGCGAAGGCGAGGACGAGCACCACCAUGAGCCAGACGCUCCACUCAAGGCCACCCUCGCGAUUGGCGGCAUGACCUGUGCCAGCUGCGUCAAUGCCGUCAACUCGGCUGCGCAGACCCUCAACGCCGGCGACCACAAGCUGCUGCAUGCCUUCAGCGUGGAGCUGCUCUCAAACUCCGCCAGCGCAACUGUGCAGUCAAAGGCGGCACUCGACCAGCUUGUGGAAGCGAUUGAAGACGCCGGCUACGAUGUCAGCGUCGCGACGGUCGCGCCUGCGGGCGAGGAGCGCAAGUGGACUGCGCAAUACUCGGUCGGCGGCAUGACGUGCGCCUCUUGUGUGGGCAACGUCGAGCGAGCCGUGCGCGGUGCUGUCGAGCUCUCCUCCUUCCAGGUCGUCCUUCUCGAGGGCCGCGCGUCUGCCGCGUUCGGCGCGGCAGACGAGGCAGCAGCUCGGAAAGUGGCAGAUACCGUGCUCGAGGCGAUCGAUGAUGCGGGCUACGAGGUGCAGCUCUCCUCGCUGGACACCGACGCGGCCCCUGCGACACAGGCACGAGCAGCACGAGUCUCGAUCCAGGGCAUGUUCUGCGGGCACUGUGUCAGCAAGGUCCAGCGCUACUUUGAGCGCAAGCGGGACGAAGGCUCUAUCUCGAUCGACGCGAAGGAGCUCUCCUCGCUGCGAACAGAUCUGCCGGAGCUGGCGUUCACCUACGCGCCUUCCGCACACACCACGCUGCGCAGCAUCCUCUCCGAUUUGGCCAGCCUCGACCCGGCCUUCAACGUGGUACACGUCACGCCACCCUCGCUGGCCUCGCGCAGCGCCGAGCUGGCAAGGCGAGAGUUCCUCGACUAUGCCGUCCGCUUUGCGAUUGCUCUAGUCUUUGCCGUGCCAACCUUCGUCGUCGGGAUGCUGGCUCCCGCACUUGACGAGUCUGCGCCCUUGCGGCAGCGGCUUGCAGCGCCUGCUUGGGGUGGCGCGACGGUGGCUGAAGUGACCCUGUUUGCUCUGGCAACGCCUGUCCAGUUCGGCGUUGGCUCGCUCUUCUACGCACGCUCGUACAAGAGCCUGCGCAGCGUUUGGCGGCCUGGGCGCUCAUGGAGUGAGCGCCUGCUGCGCUGGGGCAACAUGGAGGUGCUCGUCGCGGUCGGCACCUCUGUGGCCUACUUUGCCUCGUUCGCGUUCAUGCUUUUCAACGUCGCACGAGGCCCGCAAGAGCAAAUGAGCGACGCGAUGACAUUCUUCGAUGCGUCAGUCUUCCUGAUCACGUUCAUCCUGCUCGGCCGUCUGCUCGAGUCAUGGUCAAAGCGGCGCACGGGUGACGCCGUGGCGGCUCUGGGCGCUCUGCGACCCUCGCGAGGCCUGUUGCUGCUUGACCCGGCAGCAGGAAGCGCCAGCAAGCUGCGAGAGCUUGAUGUCGCUUUGCUCGAGCUCGGCGACCUGGUCCUCGUGCCCGCCGGAGCGAGUCCUCCGCUCGACAGCGUGCUGGCAGACGAGCGCACGGCGCUGUUCGACGAGUCCAGCCUCACCGGCGAGAGCGUGCCUGCCAAGAAGCAAGCCGGCGACCAGCUCUUCGCCGGCACAGCCAACGCCAGUGCGCAUCCUGUGAUCGCACGCGUGUCGGCGCUGCCAGGCGAGCAGCUGCUAGAUGGCAUCCUCGACGUCGUGCGCAGUGCCUCAGGCCGCAAGGCGUCGAUCGAGCGCAUCGCAGACCGCGUCACGAGCGUCUUUGUGCCAGUCGUCAUCUACAUCGCUAUCGGCGUCUUGCUUCUCUGGCUGGUUGUGCUCUACGCCAUUGCCUCGCCGCGCUGGGUUCGGGCGCAUACGCCGCAUCCCGACGAGCCGGGCGCUCGCUUCCUGUACGCACUUCAAUUCGCCAUAUCGGUCGUCGUCGUCGCCUGCCCAUGCGGCAUCGGGCUGGCGGCACCGACGGCCCAGCUCGCCGGCAUCGGUCUCGCAAGCGCGCGCGGCAUCCUCGUCAACGGCGGCGGCGAGGCGUUCCAGCAAGCAUCGCAGGCCGGUCGGCGCCGAACGGUUGUCGUCUUUGACAAGACCGGCACGCUGACGGAAGGCGUGGGCCAAGUCGUUGAGCGCCUGGACGUGAGCACCAACGACAGUAUCGACAUCUGGCACGCGCUCGACGUCGUCGAGCAGAGCAGCACGCACCCCGUCGGCGAGGCGAUCCGCCGCUACUGCGAGGAGAUGGCAGCCGGCGCGGACGCUGCGGCACCUCGUCCAAGUGACGUGCAAGAGCUCUCCGGCUCAGGCCUCAUAGGGCGCUUCGCCGGCUUUGACUUGCUUGUCGGCAAUCGGCGCCUCGUGACCGAGUGUGCGCCGCUAGGUGCGGAGCAUCAAGAGAUCGUCGCGCAGUGGCAGAGCCAGGCGCGCUCGGCAGUCUUUGUGGCUAUCCGCCGCGAGGGUCAGGCGCCGCGGGUGCUCUGUGCGCUGGCUGUGGCGGAUCCGCUGCGGACAGAGGCCGCAGCCACGAUCGCUGCCCUGCGCAAGCGGUACCGCGCCGAGUGCUGGAUCGUCAGCGGCGAUGCCGAAGCGACUGUCCGCGCGGUGGCUGCGCAGCUCGACAUCGAGCACGUCGUCGCUGGUGUGCUGCCGACGGGCAAGCAGGAUGCACUGGAGCGCAUCCGCAAUGGGAGCGAGGAGGGUGUACGUGGAGGCGAGAAGCCGCUCCAUGCGUGCCUCGACGUUCCAUGGCUGACGCAAUGCGCGCAACAGGGCGACGGCAUCAACGAUGCACCAGCCCUGACGAGCGCCGACGUCGGCGUCGCGAUGGGCGGCGGCAGCGCGAUUGCGUCAUCCAGUGCCGACUUCAUCCUGCUCAGCCCCACUGCGCCUCUCGCCUCGCUGCCCGUGCUCCUCUCGCUGAGCCGUGCGACAGCUCGCAAGGUGCGGCAGAACUUUGCGUGGGCCGCCUGCUUCAACCUCAUCUUGCUGCCCAUCGCUGCUGGCGCACUGGCGCCGACCGACUUUACUCUCGGCCCCUCGUGGAGCGGCCUCGCGAUGGCGCUGUCGUCCACGAGCGUGAUCUUGAACGCCCUGACGCUGCGUCUCUGGCGGCCCGAGUCGUGA